CAGCCUUUUAUUGACAAAGGUAAAAAAAAAAAAAAAAAAGCUAGGACGCAACAACAGCACAGUGGCACAAUAAAUCCCAGCGGUGAUAUUAACGUUUUAUUGAAGUGCCAUGCCAUAGAAGCCAGGAGUGGCAUUUUCUCACACGCGGCCUGAUUGAGAUUGCGGCGCCAGGGAAGAGGGGGGGGGAGGGGCCGGGCAGACUGUGGACGGCGGACGGGGGGGAGCUCAGCGGGGGCCAAUGCAGCAGCAGCAGCACCGACAGCCCGAGCUGGUGGAAGGAAACCUUCCCGUGUUCGUGUUCCCCACUGAGCUCGUCUUCUACGCCGACGAGCAGUCGUCUCACAAGCAGGUGCUCACCCUCUACAACCCCUAUGAGUUUGCGCUCAAGUUCAAAGUGCUGUGCACAGCGCCAAACAAGUACACUGUGGUGGAUGCCACCGGAGCCGUCAAGCCACAGUGUUGUGUUGACAUCGUAAUCCGACUCCGAGACGUGCGGCCGUGCCACUAUGGGGUUUACGACAAGUUCCGUCUGCAGGUGUCGGAGCAGAGUCAGCGCAAAGCGCUGGGCCGCAAGGAGGUCACGGCCACGCUGCGUCCCUCCGCCUCGCAGGAGCCCGGCCCUGGCGUCCGAUCGCAGGAUGAUGAGCGGAGGGCCAAAGACCCGAUGGUGGACAGCGAGUUUUUUGAACAGACUGUUUUUCAAACAGAGAGCCGCCCCGCCGCCGGGGGCCCCAGCCUGCUGACGGUGCUGCUGGGGCUGGUGUGCGUGGCCGCCCUGAUGCUCCCGACCCUCGGGGAGCAAGAAUCCACCGUGCCUGUCUACCUCCACUUAAGUGUUAACAAGAAACUCGUAGCUGCUUAUGUUCUCGGACUUCUCACAAUGGUCAUCCUACGCACAUGAAAAGCACGAAGACGAUGGGCCUGGUUAAAUCAGAUAAUUGCAACACAUCACCACUGUGUCAUCGGUCUACAUCGCGACAGGGGGAGGUUUUUGUAUUUUUUUUUUCUCUCCCCGUACGCCUUCACUCCUGAAACAUUUGUUUCAUUUUUCAAAUGCAGGUUUGUGUUAGUGGCGCAUUGAUGUAAACAGACCCGUGGUGUUGUCCUCGGGGGGGGGGGGGGGAGUCCAUCCCUGAGCAGGACUUGUGAAGAAGUGUGAUUGCCUCACGCUUCCCGCCUGUUGCUAUGAAACUCAACUGAGCAGCAGCAGCAGAAAGUGUGAAAAAUAUGCAUCCUACGUGUAUAUAAAGCCAUACCAAUUUUCUUAUUGUAUUUACUUGUAACCGACAUUGUUUCACGUCAUUUUAAGUGUAAAUGGAAGACAAUGCAGUUGCCUGCACGUAUCGGUACCUAUCAUGAUUUUUGUUUUUCCCAUGUCAAGAUAAAGCCUUUUUUGCUCAAAAUACAAUAUUCUAAACAUGUAAUAAAAUGUCAGUACAUCAACCUGGUUUAAUUGGUUUAU